CGAAGCGGUGUGAAGGAAAAAACGAGUCAUUUAACGAGAAGUAAUAAUUUUGAAAAUGAAAACUACUCACCAUUUUGCCGAGAUAAUUGAAUCUGGAACAAACAAAGUCGUGAUUGAGUAAAUACGAGUGUAAUAAAUAAAUAAUUGGACGAGAUAUUUGUACAGUGGUCGCGCAUGAAAUUGACAUAAAUAUGUGAAGAAAUGAUAUUAAAAUGAAAAUAAAAAUACAUGUUAGAAGUAAAUUAAAUUCCCAGUGCAAUACGUUUAGUUGUCGAUGUGAAACGAGGUAAGUAAUAUACUAAAAAUGGUAUUAAACACACGAGGGAAUUAAAAUCAUAGAGUUCGGAGAGCAUAUAUACGUCCGAGAUUUGAAAAUUCUUCCAUUUUCUUACGGAACUCGGUCCUGAAACCUUCGGCUCUGUCGAUAAUUUUCGAGUUAUUCACCACGAAUGAGUGUGCAAUUAUGCGUGGAUUUAUUUUGAUACUUAUUCAUUCCAUUGCAAUAAUCGAGUGUGAAAAUCAAGUAGGAUCUCAAAUCCAAUUUCCAAAAGAUCCCAAUGGCCAAAUACAGGAUACAAAAUUUCACUCUCAAACAAGAUUCGAAUCAAGUAACCAAAAGCUUCAGGUAAAAUCACCUGGAAUUUUAUCAAAAUUUGACAGUGAGUGUAAUUGUCCAGAAAAAACAUACAUCGUGUUUUCAAGUGCCGACAGUAUGAAGAAAUUCCAGCGCCGCAGCUCCUCUGGUGGCCGAAUGGUUGAGCAUCCAUUUUAUGUUGAUGAGCCCGGUUGGGUAAUGCUCAGCGAGUCAAACACUAAUUUAAUGUCGAAUGACAACAAAUUAAUAAAGGCUGAUCAAGAUCCGUUUUAUCUAGCCCGCGGAAGGAAAUCUUCUAUGACGGUGAAUUUUCCGUUUAGUAACGAGAAGAAACGAUCGUUUAAUUUAAAAGACAGGCAGAAGCGUUCGGACAUUUCGGAUUUAUUACACGAGCCAUUUUUCAUAUCACGUGGUAAAAAAAAAAGUUAUAAUGAUUAUUAUUAUCACCGAGGUGACACUCGUGUAAAUGAAAAUAAUAGAGGGAUUUAUUUGUAUGAUAAAAGAAAUGAAGGUAGUGAUAAUAAUGGUUAUAGUUAUAAAUUGUUGGAGGAUAAUAAGGAUACAGAUGGGCAAUCACGUGGUCGCAGAGAUUUUUUUGAUCAAUUACUCCGAGAAAACGAUCCUUUUUAUGUCACUCGAGGUUAGAGCUUCUUCAAGAUUUAGA